UGUGUGUGUGUGUGUUUUUCGCCGCCGAUCUUCACCAAGCCCCUUGGCAUGAGUUAAGCACCAGCUAUGGACACCAAACACUUCCUGCCACUGGAUUUCUCCAACCAAGUCAAUUCCACGUCCCUGAACUCUCCCACGAGCCGAGGGCCCAUGGCCACCCCAUCCCUCCACCCGUCCAUCGGGCCGGGCAUCGGCUCCUCGCUGGGCUCCCCGGGCCAGCUCCACUCGCCCAUCAGCACCCUGAGCUCACCCAUCAAUGGCAUGGGACCUCCGUUCUCCGUCAUCAGCUCCCCCAUGGGCCCGCACUCAAUGUCCGUCCCCUCCACCCCCAGCCUGGGAUUUGGCACCAGCAGCCCACAGCUCAACUCGCCCAUGAAUCCCGUCAGCAGCUCAGAAGACAUUAAGCCACCCCUGGGGCUCAACGGAGUCCUCAAAGUGCCAGCACAUCCCUCAGGAACGAUGGCCUCCUUCACCAAGCACAUAUGUGCCAUCUGCGGGGACAGAUCUUCAGGUAAACAUUAUGGGGUUUACAGCUGCGAGGGCUGCAAAGGCUUCUUCAAGCGCACGGUGCGGAAAGACCUCACCUACACUUGCCGCGACAACAAGGACUGCUUGAUCGACAAGCGCCAACGCAACCGCUGCCAGUACUGCCGCUAUCAGAAGUGUCUUGCGAUGGGGAUGAAGCGAGAAGCUGUCCAGGAGGAGAGGCAGCGGGGGAAGGACCGCAACGAGAACGAGGUGGAGUCUACAAGUAGCGCCAACGAGGACAUGCCCGUGGAAAAGAUCUUGGAAGCUGAACUCGCAGUGGAGCCAAAGACAGAGACGUACAUCGAAGCAAAUAUGGGCUUGACGCCGAGCUCGCCCAAUGACCCGGUGACGAACAUAUGCCAGGCAGCAGACAAACAGCUCUUCACCCUGGUGGAGUGGGCCAAGAGGAUCCCCCACUUCUCCGAGCUGCCCCUGGACGACCAGGUCAUCUUGCUCAGAGCAGGGUGGAAUGAGCUCCUAAUCGCCUCCUUCUCCCACCGCUCCAUAGCCGUGAAAGACGGGAUCCUCUUAGCCACCGGGCUCCACGUGCACCGGAACAGCGCGCACAGUGCUGGCGUCGGGGCCAUCUUCGACAGAGUACUGACAGAACUCGUGUCAAAAAUGCGAGACAUGCAGAUGGACAAGACAGAGCUAGGCUGCCUGCGAGCCAUUGUCCUCUUCAACCCCGACUCGAAAGGUCUCUCCAACCCAGCUGAAGUGGAGGCGUUACGGGAGAAGGUGUACGCGUCGCUAGAGGCAUACUGCAAACACAAAUACCCCGACCAGCCCGGGAGGUUCGCAAAGCUCUUGCUCCGUCUCCCAGCCCUCCGGUCCAUCGGCCUGAAAUGCCUGGAGCACCUCUUCUUCUUCAAGCUAAUAGGCGACACACCAAUCGACACCUUCUUGAUGGAAAUGCUGGAAGCGCCCCAUCAAAUGACUUAGAGAACUGCUGCUGGGUCAGUCCCUCGCCCGGCCGGGGUCUCGCAGGGCCCCUUCCUCUGCUUUCCUCCGCCGCCGCCCCAGCCUGUCCCUCCCUCCUCUCCCCAGCGCUGGAGGCACCGUCUGAUCCGGGGCGACCCCCUGCCGUCCUCGCCUCCUCGUCGCCUUCACCCUUGUACGUUUGCUGUCACUGCUGCAUCUCAAGACCUGCUCGCUGGUUCCCUGCGCUAGAUAUAAGAGAAGUGGGAGCGGAGAGAGCUUGCCACCCACUGCCCUGGCUCGCAACCCGGCCCCCGCCGUGCCAUGAGUUUCGGGGUGAGCCGCCGGCCGGGCUUGGCAUUACCCCGUGUGCGUGCCGCGGCCGGCGGUGCUUCCCCCGGGGCAGGAGCGGGGACGGGGAUGGUCCCAGCCCUUGGGGCAGUGGGGUUUGGACAAGCCGAGGGGAGUGGUUGAACUCGCCGGAUUGCAGCUGGCUAU